AUGAAAAAUAUUCCAUUAACUCAGACGGAAUAUGCCACCAUUCGAUGUGAAGGUGUGCCUGAGAUCAAAAUCAAUAACUUUUCGGAGAUCAUGGCCAAGAUAACAGAUUGUACGGUACGACUGGCUGGUGAAAAAUAUAACGUUUCUCCAAAGCCUAUUUAUUUAACUGUCUAUAAGAAAGAUAUUCAAGCAGAUUUAACACUUAUUGAUUUACUAGGUAUUACUCGUAAUCCGAUUAAUGGACAAUCAAAAACUAUUUAUAAAGAUAUAGUUGAACUUAUUGAAACCUAUAUUAAACCACAAACAGCUAUUGUCUUACAUGUGAUUCCUUCAUCUGUGGAUUUUACAACUUCUGAAUCGAUUCAACUUGCCAAAAAAAAAUGA